UCCGCCCAUUUCCUUUGGGAAAAAAAGUGGUCAGCUAUUUUUUUUUAGCUGACAUCUUUGUAUUUUUAGCUGUUAGCAGUUGCGGCUAAGUAACUUUUCAGGGUGUUUAUUGUGUCAAAAUAUUCACACGAAUUGCACGAACUCCGCGCUGUGAACGACAGCAGUUACGCGGCAUUUGAAAAGAUGUCUUUGGGCAGCCCUUCUGUUACCGUUGUACAACUGCCAGGGGGUCAGUUUCAGGUUCAAGGAGUGAUCCAGUCUGCACAAUCAUCAGUCAUUCAGUCCCCUCAGGUGCAGGCUGCACAGUCCCAAGCGUCAGAUAGUGAAGAUUCACAAGACUCAUCAGACAGUGGACAAACAACAAGAAACACCAAAGAACUACUUGCAAGACGGCCUUCAUACAGAAAAAUCCUGAAUGAGCUUUCAUCUGAGGAAGUGACACACACUGAAGGAAAGGAUAAUAGUCCAGCAUCCACAGGAAUGACAGGGACAUCUGCAGGAGGUGUUACAAUGUCCACCGGCCAGAUCUACCAGACCACCAGCGGCCAGUACAUUACUAUAGCUGCUAAUGGCACAAUCCAGCUGGCAAGUCCAGGAGCUGAGGGCAUUCAGGGUCUACAGGCUGUUGCCAUGGCGAAUUCUGGUGGUGCCCAGCAAGGCCCAACCAUCCUUCAAUACGCGCAGACACCUGAUGGCCAGCAGAUUCUGGUCCCUAGCAACCAGGUUGUUGUACAAGGUGCAGGGGGAGAGGUGCAAACGUACCAGAUCCGCACAGCAUCUGCAUCCAACUCACUGCCUCAGACUGUAGUUAUGACCUCUCCUGUGGGUCUGUCUCAGGGCAAGUCUGAUGAUCCUACAAUGAAGAGAGAAAUCAGACUGGCGAAAAAUAGAGAGGCAGCCCGCGAGUGUCGACGAAAAAAAAAGGAAUAUGUUAAAUGCCUGGAAAACCGUGUAGCUGUUCUUGAGAACCAGAACAAGACUUUGAUUGAAGAGCUCAAAACUUUAAAGGACCUUUAUUGUGUUAAAACAGGAUAAUGCGUUGUAUAUAAGUCAAGGAGGAGAUGAGAAAAUAUGUGGCAGUGGCACAACUCAGCCAUUUGGACAUGACAGGGUUUCUGGGAACACUUCAUUUCAGGCUGAGAUCCUCCACUUUUUUUUACUUUGUUUGAUAUUAAAGUGACUUGUGAUGGCAAUGAGAUUUACUCGAAAUAAAAGAAAUAGGCCAUUUUUCACCCGCUGUUUUUUAUGCUAAUGCUAUAACAUUUAUAGUUGUGUACAUUUUUAAUACUGGGAAAUUUGAAAUUGUCAGCUUUAAAUUUCAGCCUCAGUUUGUAAAAUGUAUCCCUUUUCCUUUUCUCUUGUUUUUAAAAUGCUGCUGUUAGAUCUUCUUGUAAAAUAUUCUAACAGGAUCUACAGAAUUUUGACUGUACAAUUACUACACAGACAGAUUUCCUGAUUAUUUUGUGAACCAGCAAGUCCCGUUUCUCCAUGAGAUGUUACAAUUGUCAUUCCUUAUUUUUGUGCAAUGGAAUAUAAAGGGUAACAGAAAAGGUGACAUUGAGUGUGGUUAUUCGAGUGUUUCUUGGCAGUUACUUCAGACAAUCAGGGAAAAAGCACAGUGUCCUGGUAAUAUUUAUUAUGUACAUCUUGGAAGGGAAGGAGAACAAACAGUGUAUAAAAUGUUGCUGAUUCUAUAAGAAAAUAAAUAUAUUUUCACUCUA